AUGAUAACUCCUUUCUGGCAAAUGGAUGUUAUGUUCAUUGAAACAGUUAUUAUUCUACCAAUUUAUAUCAUUUUACUUGUUGACAUUUCAAUUUGUCAAUUCAGCAAAACUCAUUUUCAAAGUCAAUAUUAUGUGCUAGUCGUCUCACAGGUAAUUUUCAUUGAAAAUUUAUCUGAAAACUAGUGUUUUAUUCAGGGAAUUGCUGAUAUUUUGACCUCAUUAUUUGUGCUUCAAUUAUUUUUCGCCAGGUAUUUUCAAUUUGGAAAUGAAUUUAUAUUUGCCGCACAAAUGUAUGGCUCUGCAAUCUUUCAUUCUGACAGCGGUCCAUUUUUCUUUGUCAUUCGGUAUUUCGGAGUUUUUCUUAUAACUCUUCAAAGAUAUUUGGCUGUUUGUAGAAGUCAUGGGAGAUUUUAUCAGGUACUUAUUUAAGUUAUCAAAAAUUUCCACGUGGAAUGGAUUUUUGCAGAUUUUCAGCAGAUUAUCUAAUUUUCAAUUAAUUUUAAUACAUUGGCUAGGCUCAAUUCUAAUAUUUUCUCCAUCAUUUUUCACGAUUUUUCCAACACCUCCAUAUUUUUCAAAUUCUACAGAACUCUUUCUUGUCAAUUCUGCAUUUCAUGUGCAAUUCUUCUCUGCGAUUGUGAUCUUUGUUUUUGUAUUUUUCGGAAUUAUUAAUCUAUUGAUGUAUAUUCAAGUUAUACGAGCUAUUAUAAAAGCGAAAAAAGUUUCAGGGUGAGUUAUCGCAACUUGUAUCAUUAGGUGAAUUGAAAAACUUCAGGCUUCAACAAAACAAGAAUAAUAGUAGUCAAGAAACUCGAUUACUUAUUCAUAUUUUCCUUCUAGUUCUUAUAUCUUCAUUAACGUUUCUAUAUUAUUUUAAUGAAUUUAUCGCGUCUGGACAAUCUUCAUAUUCGGAGGCCCGUAGAUUUCAUCGCAGAUUUUAUGCGAUUAUUGCAGUGAACUUUGGUUAUAUCAAUCCAAUUGUGUUAUUAUUUUUGAAUAGAGAUGUUCGAAUGAGAAUUGGAAGAGCUACCAAGGUUUGGGAUAAGCGAACAAGUAUGGUUUCGAAAUGA